AACAUUUUAUGUUUGUACCUUUUUCAGACUUAGCCAUAACUUUCACAGACAGACUUGAAGGACGUGUUUUUAAAUUGACAUGGAUCCAAACAGAAGGCAACAUGAUCCGCUGUUCUCACAGGACAUGGCAGAUGACGACCAAGAUCUGUCUUUAAUAUGGAACAACCUGGGUCGGCUAAAGGCAGAGCUCCGGACAAUUGGCCAUCGACUGGACGACGCCGGUGAGGACGGUCUGACCCUUCCUGCUCACUAUCAACACCAGCAACACCAGUAUCAUCACCAUCACCAUCACCAUCACCAUCAUCAUCAGCAGCAGCAACAACAUCAGCAACAUCCCCACCGUUUCCCGGCGUCGUCUUCUCCGUCCCGUGGCCUGGGCGUCAUGCCGGGCGUGUCUUCCGUCAGUGACAAGAGCGGACAGAGCACUGAGAGCUCCCAGCAGUCCCCCGGCCCCGGAGCGCGCCGGAAGCUGUGUCGACUCGAAGACAAGCAUAACGAUGAGGACAGUGGUCAGUCUGGCAAACGAGGGAGUCACCGCAACAGCGAGCCUGGGUCAAGGUCGUCAGCACGGGGUCGAGAAACGCAGCAACAGCAGCAGCGGCAGCAUGGCAUGAGAGAGGACAGUCCCAAGCGAGUGGACUUCUCCCGGACCCAUCAACUGAGAGAG